UAGUGAAACAAUAGAAUUGGAAUUUUCAAAUGAUAUAAAACAAAUUCAAGAAAAUUAUAGUAAUAUAGAUAUUAGUAAAAUACAUGAUAUCUAUAAUACAAAUAAAAUAUGUAGUAAUAAUAAUAGUAUACAAGAUAUUGAUGAUAAUAGUGAUUCUAAAAAUAUACUAAAACAAAAAAUUACUGAAAUUGUUAAUUCAGAUAAUAAUUUUGAAAUUAGAAAGUGUUCUAAGAAUACAGUUUUAGAAAUUAUUAAAAUAAUUGAUUCUAAUGAUGAUUCAAGUGAAAAUCAAUGUUAUACUUUGGAAAAAAAAAAGAAGUAG